CAUUGUCCAACAUCAUCAUAACCAGACUCGCAAUGACUAUCAUCCUACCCCAAGAAGCUAUGCCCAUUAUAUUUCCCAAAGCAGACAAAAACUUGACCAAUACGCACUGCCGACGAGGCCUUGUUCUCACCACGAGGUAUGGGACCGGGGUUUAGCGUGGCAAUGUCUUGCAGUUCGAGCUAUACCCAUCAUGGCAAGUACAGCGGCCAUUUCUUGACCCACAUUUCGCUGCAAACCUAUACACGCGGUCCUACGCUAAGGUGUAGAUAGCUGCCAAUGGUGUCAUUUGCUAUUGUCAACGUCCAUCUCGCGAUGAUCUAGCAUUUAACUUGUCUUGUCGUCUGUUUGUAGCAUUAUCGGAAGCAGUGCGCGAGGAAAUACUACUAUCUCAUAAAUAUGUUAUCGAUCAAUCCAGUCUUGACGCCUAUGGGCUUUGCGGCUUUCUUGGUCGUACUCGCGCUCAGCUUGCUAUGGCGGACACAGAAGGCUUCGAGCAAAAGCCGCUAUCGAUCUUAUGACGUGAAGCAAAAAGUGCCAUCGAUAUCUUUCAAGACACCAUUGCCAAAACCCGCGGAGGACUACAAACUUGAACUUACGGACCCCAAGCUCUAUCGACCCUUUCGUCAUGGCCCGAACUUUGUCACAAUGGGGAUCCGGAAAAUGGACUGGAACGAAUGGAUUGAAAUGGAUUCGAAUUUCAUCCCCUACCACGAUGCCAAGGUUCGAGAGCUCGAAAAAGAUCUCAAAUCCCGGGUACAAUAUGUCGACAACGAAGUUACGCGUCUAGCAUGCUUUGAAGUAUUGGAAGAGCUGACGCAAUAUCUUACGCAUCGCUAUCCAGAAGUCUUCCAAUUACAUGGCAACAUCCUCCGUAAUACAGUCACUGGUGAAGAGUUUCAGUAUCCGGCACCGAACCCAACGGAAGCGAUGGUUACAGCAGCAAAGCUUGUCCAGGAUGAUCUUGUAGUUAUGGUAUUGAAUGAUGAUGGCCAAUACCACAUCGAUGCCGGAGCAGUCUGCCUACCUGGGUUCUGGCGGUUGACUGAGAAAUACCGCAUGUCACUCGACGAACUCCACAUCGAAGCCGGUGUACCACACUACCAAGAGAAGCUGCAAAAAGCCAUGAACCGUUUCUUUGUAAAUAUGACGUGUGAGAAACCUGUCAUUCGGAACAAUUUCUUCAUCCAACUGGACGACGAUCUUGCGUGGUCACACCGCAUGGGCGAUCAAAACUCCAAUACGGUCGCCUCCUGGGCCACCGCCAACUCGAAAGGUCUUCGUGUUGAGGACAUCCACUUUCGCUCGGAAAGACAAUCACUGAGACGGCUACCGAAGUCUAAAGCUCUACUUUUCACUAUCCGAACGUACUUCGAGCCGGUUACGACUAUCGCGAAGGAGCCGCAUGUGCCAGGAAGACUGGCCGAGGCUAUCAGAAGCUGGGAUGAUACGGUUAGUUACUACAAAGGAAGGGAACACUGGGAAGGAUUCUUACUUCCGUAUCUGGAUGAGGAGCACAGGAAGCAGGUUGAUAGCGGGGUGUUGGAGAAGCCGGAGGGCGAGUUCCCGUUUUGAGUGUGGGAUUUCAUGUACAGACCUAGCAUAGAUAUACUUUGUUGCAUAAAAAAUACG